AUGGCGAUCCCUGUGAUUGAUUUCUCAAUGCUCAAUGGAGAGGAGAGAGCCAAGGCAAUGGCUCAGAUCGCUAAUGGCUGCGAAAAAUGGGGAUUCUUCCAGUUGGUGAACCAUGGGAUUCCGGUGGAGCUCCUCGAGAGGGUGAAGAAGGUGUGUUCCGAGUACUAUAAGCUGGAAAGAGAAGAAGCUUUCAAGAGCUCGAGACCAGUGAACUUGUUGAACGAUUUAGUGGAGAAGAAGAGCGAUGACAAGUUGGAGAAUGUGGACUGGGAGGAUGUCUUCCUUCUGUCAGAUGAUAACGAGUGGCCAUCCAAGACUCCUGGAUUCAAGGAAACCAUGGCAGAAUACCGAGCUGAACUGAAGAAACUGGCAGAGAAGCUGAUGGACGUGAUGGAUGAAAACUUGGGCUUACCAAAAGGAUACACAAAAAAAGCUUUCAAUGGUGAAGAAGAAGACAGUGCCUUCUUUGGCACUAAGGUGAGCCAUUACCCACCAUGCCCUCACCCUGAGAUGGUGAACGCACUCCGAGCUCACACUGACGCUGGUGGUGUCAUCUUGCUCUUCCAAGAUGACCAGGUGAAAGGCCUUCAAAUUAUCAAAGACGGGGAAUGGAUUGAUGUCCAGCCCGUGCCCAAUGCUAUUGUCAUCAACACCGGUGACCAGAUCGAGGUUUUGAGCAAUGGGCGAUACAAGAGUGUUUGGCACCGUGUUCUGGCCACCCCAGAUGGCAAUAGGAGAUCGAUUGCUUCCUUCUAUAAUCCAUCAUACAAAGCCACUAUAGCUCCUGCACCAGAACUCAUCGAAAAAGUGAAUGAAGAGGUGGAUCAAGCUUACCCGAAGUAUGUCUUUGCCGACUAUAUGUCAGUUUAUGCAGAGCAGAAGUUCCUCCCUAAAGAGCCAAGGUUCCAAGCUGUGAGGGCGGUGUAA